UUAUCAAUAUCAGUAUCAAUAUACAUAUUAACAAAUUGUAUUAUUAAAAUUUUCCUACAAACAAUACAAUUUAAAUACGUAUAAAAUUGGGUUGGGCACCCACGAGAGGAUUUCAGGCGCUAAACUGGUGUAUUGCUAAAACUGCUCUUGCUGAAAUUCGGGUGGUUUCCAAGAACUGACGCAAGAGUGACGACAUCAGAAAUAAUGUCAUAUAAUUAUGAUUUAAUAUACGACUUCAGCGAUCUGCUGUUCCCGGAUUUUGAGAGGAUCUUUGAAAAUGACACCAAAUGGAAACGUCAGGAUCUGAUGGCGUUGCAUAGGACCAUCUGUGAUAUGUGUUGCAACGUAUCAAUUGAGAGAACACGCAGCCAGGGAGGUGGUAGAGUAGUUUACAACAACAUAACGAAUUUUCUAACCAUUCGACUUAAAAGCAUUGUCGCGGAGCUAGAUUCAAUAAAUGACGAACAGAAGUUGGUCCGUGAGUAUGGAAAAUCGUGGAAAUCGUACCAGGCUUCCGUCACUGUUCUGGAUAUCGGGUGUAGCUACUUGAACGAAAAUUGGGUAAAAAAAGAGAGGCUAGAUGAUGUGCUAGACUAUGUGUAUACGAUCUACCAUCUGGCUAUGAUUAUGUGGAACAAAUUUAUAUUCAGACCGAUCGAUCGAUCCCUAAUUAAUGCUAUUGAAUACACUAUGGUGAUGGAAAGCCACGCUCCGCCAGCCAGCUCCAUGAUAUAUACCGUGUUACAGUCGAUCGUCGAUAUAUUCGCAAAUGACGAUAAUCAGUCUUACUCUGUGCUGGAAAAAAUGAACAAUGAAGUAUUACAACCGGUUGUUUUAAAGUUUUUCGAGGAUAAAUCGAAAACUUUGUUCAAAUACAUGCUGGAAUCGGACUCGUGCAAAGAACUGAAACAUUUUGUGAAAUGUGCCAUUUUAUACAAGCCUUCGAUUGAGCCCGAUCUCUGUCGCAUCUUGAGCGAAUACCUUGAGUGCCUGCUUAAAAAUGCCAUUGACAGAUGCGGGAGCUCGAAUUAUGGCAGGGACUAUGUUCAAGCCAUAUUGGCCCUGCGCAAAGUUCCUCCGCUAAGGGCUUUGGCACAUCGCAAAGAACUUUUGGCUGUCGCUGAUCUUGUGUGUGUUAAGGUGAUAAACGAUCGCAACCAAGUGGAGAAUCCACCGAAAAUUCUUGCCCUAUACUGUCAUAAGCUAAUUCAGAAGAAGCCAUUAUCUGAAACGCUUACAAAUGAAUUGAAAAGAAUUGUAGAUGUUGUGGCAUUUUUGAAUGAUGAUAGUAAAACAUUCUUUACGAAAUUAUACUUCGCACUGCUGAACAAGCGACGCAUCGAUAAUAUAUCUGCCUCGGAUGAAAACGAAUCAUUGAUGAUCUCCAUGCUGGGGAAGAAUCUUGGGACUGAUUUCCUAUCCAGGGCCACAAUCGACCGAAAUGAAAUGGCUGCAUCGAGUGCCAUACAAGCAAAGUGCAAGGACUUCAUGCUGGGAAUAGGCUUAAAAGUACAAAUUGAUGUGCGUAUAAAGUUUUUUAAAGUCAGAGAGCUCAGUGUUUUAAGUAAUAGCAUGCGAUUGCCCGUGGAACUGGAGCAGCCCGUCAACGAGUUAAAAUUAUUUUGGUCCAAGCAGUAUAAUAGAUAUGCGCUCGACUUCAAUCUUCCAAAGUCCUGGGGCGAGCUAACCAUGAACUUGAGUGCCUAUAAAUGUUAUACUCUCCAGGUAAACACCUUGCAAAUGGCCCUCCUCCUCCAGUUCAAUCAUCAGAAUAUUUUCGCUGUCCAGAAAUUGGCCGAAAAUGUAGGAGCCAGCCCGGAGACACUGAUAAUGGCAAUGCGUCCACUGAUCGACCGCAAGCUGUUGAUCGCCGGUGAAGAUUCCGCAGCCUUGACGCCCACAUCUUCUAUAACUGUGUGCAGUGAUUACAACAGCAAGAAAUCCCUUAUAAACAUUGUAAUGGCGACGGCUCCGAGGGUAACUGAAACCAAUACUCGUAUAUUGGUGCCGCAAGAGCUGGAUGCAGCAAUAGUCCGCAUCAUGAAAAGGGAGAAGCAGUUGCACUUAUCUCAGCUGAUGUUCAAGGUGACCCAAGAGCCGAACCUUCGCUCCAGUCCUAUUAAAUUGAUUAAAGGUCGUAUUGAGCAUUUUCUUGAAAAUAAAUACCUGGAGCUUUCAUCGGACAAAAAGGUACUUAAACUAUCUAAAUGUACGGAAGACUCAUAAUAAGCCAACAAUUAUUUAAACAACUGUAAACACACUAAUUUCUAAACAAUGGUUAACCAUCGGACAAUAAAAUGCUCCUGUAACACUAACAGCAAAGA